AUGACACAGGGAACACACAAAAAAUUAAUGUUUAAAACUGAAAAUCCCCACAUAAAAGAGGACAAUCUUUUCAACUCCGUCAACCAAUUCAGCCAUAUGCUGGAAUGCAAGAUGCCUUAAGGUUAGCAAAGCGGAGAUGAGCAAUCUCCUUCACCAAAGAAUAAUAGCAGCAACCAUAUUAGCCCAUUUGCCAGUUCAAGAUUGUUUAACAAUAGCACUCGUUAAUUCAAUUCGACAUUAUUAAAUACUUCAGAUUAAAAUUAGAAUUUUUUUAGUAACAAUAUUGCUCUUUCAAAUGGCAUAAGCAGUGCAAGCAAUUCGAAUGGAUUUUAAAUUAACGGGAAUAAGAAGCUUUUCCUUUCUAGCAGCAAAGCGAUUAUUUCAGCCAAGGCAAUAUUGGAAACUUCCGACGAUCCUGAAUCUUCAAAUCAUAAAAAUAAUUCAAAAACUACAGCAACUCAAUCGCGCAAUUCAACCAGUCACUUCGAAGAUCACAUGCUUGAUUCAUUGAAGGAUACUACUUCCUACUCGUUGAAUUUAACAACAAGCAAGGGAAUAAGCGGAUUCUAAAAUAACUUCUCGAACAUUAGAAACAGCAUUCAAAAUUACCCACUUAAAACCAUUAAAAAUAUUCCAUGCGAAAACAGUCUAAAUAAUUUUUCAUCAUCAUUAUUUUUUGACAAUUCGAACGUGAAUAACAAUAACAACAAUAAAAAUAGCAGCAAUAACAAUAACAACACUAGCGAUUUCAAAGCAAAUGAAAAUUAUGAAGGAGGAAAAAUGAUUUAAAAUAUUUAGAUAAAUGCUGAUUUUUCCUCUCCAACUUAUAAUCAAAAUUCGUUUAACUAAUUUAAUUCUUUGAAAAAUAAAAGUGUAAAAAAUAACACAAAUAUUUUAGUUGGAAAUUCAAAUAAUACUCAAAAAUGGAAUUACCAGAGCACCUCUAAAUUAAUUCUAAACUCAAACCUUUACCAACAAUAAUUGCAUUCUAUCAACAACCAGGAAGAUGAUGAAGGCGAAGUUUUCAACAACGAGUCCUUGUCUUAGCUUUGGACAAACCCUUCAGUCCUUCAAGCCCUAACUCAAAAAAAUUUGCAAGCAAGUGAGUAGAACUUAUUAACAAAUGGAACUUUAAAGCAGCAGCUAAAUAAAAAUUUACUUGGAGAAAGCAGUUUCCACAAAAGAAGCAACAGCAAAGCGAACGAGUAAGCUUUGACACCAUCAACAAUGAGUCAUCUCAACAGCAAUGUCAACUUGAAUAAUUCUACUAACUACUUAGAUGAUGAUGAUAAAGGCGAGCGUUCCUCAAGAGGUCUCCGUAAUUUGUCUCUUAAAGUAAAACAAAUAGUAGUCUAAAAGGGAUAAACAUCUUACAAAGAAGUGGCAGAUUAGCUUGUUGACGAGCUCAAAAGUCAAUCUCUGGGCUCAAUGAAACCUGAAGACAUAUAAAAAGACGAACAAAAUAUCAAAAGAAGAGUUUAUGAUGCAUUAAAUGUAUUAAUUGCCUCUAAGGUUAUUGAAAAAACUGGAAAAGUUGUCAAAUCUUGUGAUAAAUCACACUUAAAUGGAAGAUGCUUGUAAGCUGAUAACUGGAAAAAUGUUAAGCUUGUUGAGUCUGAAAGGGAUAAAAAAAAAGAAACUUUACUUUAGAAGCAAAAAAUCUUAACUGAGUAUGCUGCUAAAUACUUAGCUCUCAUGAAUUUGAUGGAAAGAAACAAAAAAACAGAAUAGGAAAAGCUAAAUGUUUAAUUGUCACAACAAAGUGUUGAUUUCUUGAAUAAUCAAGAUUAAGUCUAAGAAUUAAGUCAAAGAAUGAACACAAUUAAGGAUUAAAUAAGUCUAAAAGAUAAAAUCCUCACAGAUCUUCAACCUUCCAAUGGACAAAGCCAUAUUUUUAAGUUUCCCCUUAUCCUUAUUUCUGUACCAACUCCUGAAAACGAGUCUUCCAAGGUCAUUGUAAAGAUGAGUAAAGACCAAAAGAAUGGAAAAUUUUUCAGUCAGUCUAAAAUGAUAGUUCAUGCUGACUUAGACGUUCUUUUGCAAAUGAAAAUGCACUAAGUUGAUCAAUAGUUUGCUUCCAAAUAUCUUAAUUAAGAAUUCAUUUCAAAAUAUUUAGUUGGAAACUCUUUCUUUGCACCUUAAUCAGAUUAAUCAAACGAGAGUUCUAAUAUUAGCAACUGCAGCAAUAGAGAAAAAUGUAUAGAAUAGGCAGAUAAUUAGUAUCUUAAUGAAAAUUUAGUUUAGUCUGUAAACAAAUAGUAGUUUAAUCCUCAUGAAAAUUCUAAGUAUUAAAUCGAUGAUUCUUCAAUCAAACAAACUAAAAAGGCAAAAGUAAGUGCAUUCAAAAAACCCCAAUUACCUAAGAACAACCAAAAGUAAUCUGUUAAAAUAUCCUGUAAAAAGACAGAAAAAAGUGAUAACUUUGACAACGAAAUCGAGUUAGAUGACUGA